AUCGGAUCCUCCCCUUCCUCUCCCACCCCAAGCGUUUUUGAGAGGUUUUUUCCCAACUUUCCAGAAGUUUCUCCCCGGCCCCUUAUAUACCCCCUCCGCAGGCCCGCGAGGUGCAUAGGGGAGCCGAGCAAAGGACCGCUGAAGCAGGUCCUCAGAGAUGUUGGGUGCUGCUGAAGCCAUGUGGGUUAUUCCAGUGCUUGCUCUCUGCGGCCUCACUGCAGCCGUGCCCUCGGAGGACAGGAAGCUGAGCGACAAGGCGACGACGCUGGCUGACCGCAGCACGACACUGGCCUUCAACCUCUACCAUGCCAUGGCGAAAGACAAGAACAUGGAGAACAUCCUGCUGUCCCCCGUGGUCGUGGCCUCUUCCCUCGGCCUCGUGUCCCUUGGGGGUAAGGCCACAACAGCCUCCCAAGCCAAGGCGGUGCUCAGCGCAGACAAACUGAACGACGACUAUGUGCACAGUGGGUUAUCCGAGCUCCUGAAUGAGGUCAGCAACAGCACAGCCCGCAACGUCACCUGGAAGAUCGGCAACCGCUUGUACGGCCCUGCUUCCAUCAACUUCGCCGAUGACUUUGUGAAGAACAGCAAGAAACACUACAACUACGAGCACUCGAAGAUUAACUUCAGAGACAAGAGGAGCGCCCUGAAAUCCAUUAACGAGUGGGCAGCCCAGACCACAGAUGGGAAACUCCCAGAGGUCACGAAAGAUGUUGAGAAAACUGAUGGGGCCCUCAUUGUCAAUGCCAUGUUCUUCAAGCCUCACUGGGAUGAAAAGUUCCAUCAUAAGAUGGUAGACAACCGUGGCUUCAUGGUGACCCGUUCCUACACUGUGGGAGUUCCUAUGAUGCAUCGCACAGGUCUCUACAAUUACUAUGAUGAUGAGACAGAGAAGCUCCAGGUGGUAGAGAUGCCACUUGCUCACAAGCUCUCCAGCAUGAUCUUUAUCAUGCCAAACCAUGUGGAGCCUCUGGAGAGGGUUGAGAAACUGCUGAACAGAGAGCAGCUGAAGGCCUGGGCUGGCAAGAUGAAGAAGAGAUCAGUGGCCAUCUCACUGCCCAAAGUCAUCCUGGAAGUCAGCCACGACCUUCAGAAACACUUGGCUGAUCUGGGCCUGACAGAAGCCAUUGACAAAAGCAAGGCUGACUUGUCAAAGAUCUCUGGCAAGAAAGACCUUUACCUCUCCAAUGUCUUCCAUGCUGCUGCUCUUGAAUGGGACACGGAAGGGAAUCCCUACGAUGCUGACAUCUAUGGCCGAGAGGAGAUGAGGAACCCCAAGCUCUUCUAUGCUGACCACCCCUUCAUCUUCAUGAUUAAGGACAGUAAAACCAACUCCAUUCUCUUCAUCGGCAGGCUUGUGAGGCCCAAAGGGGACAAGAUGCGUGAUGAGUUGUAGUUAGUUUUGGGUUUGUUUGUGUUUUGUUUUUUUUUUUUUUCCCCAGAGCUUUGGUUUGUGUGUUUUUUAGUGGGGGAUUUCAAAAAAGGGGAAACACUAUUUUGUAUCCUUCUCGAACUAUGGGUGCUAUUCAGACCAGGGUGCAUUGUGAUGAGAAACCAGCAUACACUUUACCUCACCCCAAAAUACUUAUUGCACAAACCCACCUCCAGAGAAUAACAGGGGAACCUGGCACAAGAGGGUUACCAGGAGUGGAAGGGAACUGGCAUGCACCAUCUCAGCUACUGGUAUCCUCAGCUGAGAUGUUCAGGCUGAUGCCUAGCUCCUCCCUGCACUAGUUAAGCCUCCUGCUAAAUACCUUGCUGCUACCCUGCAAAGAAAGGCACGAGCCCUCCAACCUUCCAUCUCAAAUGCUUCUGCACAUUUAGCUCUGCCACUUCCUUUUCUGCCCCUCUGAUGCUCUGCGGCACCACACCAGAGCUGCUCUGGUUGCUUUGCAGUUGUUCCUUGCUCCUCUCUUCAGUGGUCUAGAACAGAGCACAAGGGGCCAGUUCUGCAGAGCAGCCCCCUCUGUAGCCCAGGGAGCAGAGCAGAACUGUGACAGCACAUAAGAACAGACUGGAGUUGUGCCCUUGUCCUGCCUAACCCUGCUCUGGAUGACUGUUAGAUGCUUCAACCACAGCAGGUCAUCACCUACUUAGCUAGAACAUUUGCUGCAAAGCCAAGUGCAGCUUUGCUCAACGAAGUGGCUUAGGGGUGUCAGCAGAGAGGCCAAAUUGCAGAUGGGCUUCUACAAAGAUAAACCUGAGGUCCCUUCAAUACACUUGCAUGACCGAAAUGGCUGGGCUCCGAAAUGGCUGGGCUCCACCCCUUGGGGGAUCGCUGAGGGGGCUCUCGGGCCAAUAUCUGGAAUUAAACAUCCUGCACCAGGCAAACAGAGCAACUCCACUUCUCUUGGUGCUUCUGCAUCAGCACAUAGGGCUGGGAAAGAGACAGUUAAUCACUGUGAAGGUUCUCCCAGUUACGACCAGGGCUGGUACCAUUCAGCUCCCAGUGCAGGCCAAGGGACCCUGCUGGCUUCUCACAGGGAGGCGGAUCAAGUUCACUUCCACUUUCUUGUUUAAAUGCAAAACUUUAAAGCUGCCAUUACCUGACUUCCUAAUGACCCUCUUCUGAAGCUCCUCUCCUCCAUGAUACUUCAGUUCCCCACUGGCUGACCUGGAUAAGGGCACGCUGAAAAACAAAUGUAUUUAUAGUUAUACUCGUAUUUAUGUCUGAUAAUCAGCAAGCUUCACAGCCUGCUCCAGCCUAGACUUGGAGGCUAUUCCUAUCUUCUUCUCUCCAAGGGAUACCAUCAGGUUAAUGCUAUUUAAAGAAGUAACUGAGAUGAUCCUGUAAGCAUUGAAGCAUAUGUCAGGUAAGCCUUGCUUUACACCGAGAGACAUCACAAACCAAAUAAUGACAGGAAUACUGAGAGAAAUCUCUGCAUCCAAAUCUAAGUGCCAGUUAUUUGAAACCAGCAAGGACAGUGACUGCAUUCCUUUUCUUUUUAUUGCCCUGCCAAUGCGCUUGCUGUCAGGUUGCUACACAGAAGCACAAUACUGCAUUUUCUCUGACCAUACACAGGAUUAUUUCCACUUAUUUAUUAACUUACAACUACAGAGUCUCUUACUGGGCGUUUCCUACAGGCAAACUACAGCAGCUUGUGCCCCUAAGUCUGACCUGACUGUGCCUUCCCUAGGUUUGCAAGGUUACACGACUGCAGAAAAACUCAUCUGCCCUAAUUCCUAUCCAAGCCAGCCGGAAUGGGAGAUUCUUGUCCUUAAGCCCCUUCCCAGCUCGUAUUCCUAGGUGCUUUCCCAACUUUGUCGGGAGGUAGGAGGCAAUCCACCGGGAUGUACCCAAAUGCACAGGAAGCCUGAAGCCCAGCGUGUAUGCUAGAUGCUACCCGGUGAAUCAGCGCACUGAAACCCACACGCUGUAGCACGAGACAGAGGAUGGGGGGGGGUGGGUAAAAGGGGUGGGCAAGGCAAGAACACACUGUGGGACAUUGUGAAUAAUUUGCAUCAUGUGGAUGCAGGCGUCUGAUGGCUUUUAUUGUCUGUUCUUGUACCACACCAUGACAGUUGUAUAAUUUUGCAAUAAAACUUUUUCAAUGAA